AACUAAAGAACUAAAGUGGAUACAAAAGGGGGAGAGGAGGUCAAAAGACAAACGAACGACUAGGAAAGCACACGAAGGAAUAAAAUAGAAGAAGAAAAAAAAUAUUUCAAUUACCAUAGAAUUAAUACAAUGUGACUCACACCAAGACCACAGAAACAGAAACAGGUCGGCCUCCUCCCUGCCUUCAGAAACAGCUCGCCAGCCAAAAGGUUUAGCGAGAUAACGAUAUCUUAUCUUUGGCUCUACAUUCCGCUUUUCUGGGUGGGAAAGGGGGAGGAGAGGAAGGAGGCCCAAGGUGCCACAUCAUCACAGUGCCAACAGUGAGAGAGGUGACAGUUCUUGGGCACUGUUCGCAAGGGAAAAAAGAAAAAAGAAAAAAACUCCCCUAAACCGAACAAAAGAAAACGAAAAAAAAAGAAAAACAAAAACAAUAGAAAACAGGAGAAGCACAGACAAAAAAAAGAUAAAUAAAAUAAAAAAAGGAAAAGAGAAUCGAAUGGAAAGAAGACGGUGAUAAGAACAAUGGCCAAAGAGAAGGACGAUAAAGAUCAGGAGGAGGAGAAGAAGGCCAAGAAGGGCGCGGGCGGACAGCACUUCUUUCCGGGCGACUACAUAUGGAUCGAGCCGGUGUCGAGGCGCGAGUUCGACGUGGCCAUCGGCGCCAGGGUCGUGAGCGCCGAGGGACGACGCAUUCAGGUGCAGGACGACGACGGGAACGAGCAAUGGCUGACCCCGGAGCGGCGCAUCAAGGCCAUGCACCCGACGUCGGUGCAGGGCGUCGAGGACAUGAUCAGCUUGGGGGACCUCCACGAAGCCGGCAUCCUCAGGAACCUCCUGAUUCGAUACAAUGAGAAUCUUAUUUAUACCUACACGGGCUCCAUCCUGGUGGCCGUGAACCCCUACCAGAUCCUCCCUAUCUACACGGUGGACCAAAUCAAGCUGUACCGAGGCAAGAAGAUCGGCGAACUCCCCCCGCACAUCUUCGCCAUCGGGGACAGCUGCUACAACAACAUGAGGCGCUUCAAGCAGGACCAGUGCAUUGUUAUCAGCGGAGAAUCAGGAGCCGGGAAGACGGAGAGCACGAAGCUGAUCCUGCAGUAUCUGGCAGCCAUUUCCGGAAAGCAUUCGUGGAUCGAGCAACAGAUCCUGGAGGCCAACCCUAUCCUCGAAGCCUUCGGCAACGCCAAGACCAUCCGCAACGACAACUCGUCCCGCUUCGGCAAGUACAUCGACAUCCACUUCACGAAGGACGGCGUGAUCGAGGGCGCCUCCAUCGAGCAGUACCUCCUGGAGAAGUCGCGGCUGGUGUCGCAGGGCACGGACGAGAGGAACUACCACAUCUUCUACUGCAUGCUGGCCGGGAUGACGCGGGAGGAGAAGCAGAAGCUGGAGCUCGCGGACGCCUCGCAGUACAAGUAUCUGACGGGGGGCGGCAGCAUCACGUGCGAGGGCCGCGACGACGCCCGUGAGUUCGCCGACAUCCGCUCCGCCAUGAAGGUCCUCAUGUUCAGCGACUCCGAGGUGUGGGAGAUCACCAAGGUCCUCGCCGCCAUCCUGCACAUGGGCAACGUCAAGUUCAAGGGCAAGGUCAUAGACAACCUGGACGCCUCCGAGAUCCCCGACACGACGUCGCUGGUCCGCGUGGCGCGCUUCCUCGGCCUCGACCCGCGCGCCAUGAAGGAGGCCCUCACCACCAGGACCAUCUUCGCGCAGGGAGAGACCGUGGUGUCGCACCUGAGCCACAGCCAGGCGACGGACGUCCGCGACGCGUUCGUGAAGGGCAUCUACGGCCGCCUCUUCAUCUGGAUCGUGUCCAAGGUGAACGCGGCCAUCUACAAGAAGGCGGCGUCCUUCAGGACGUCCAUUGGCGUCCUCGAUAUCUUCGGUUUCGAGAACUUCAAGUCCAAUAGCUUCGAACAGUUCUGCAUCAACUACGCGAACGAGAACCUGCAACAGUUCUUCGUGCAACACAUCUUCAAGCUGGAACAGGAGGAAUACAACGCGGAAAACAUCAACUGGCAACACAUCGAGUUCGUGGACAACCAGGACACACUCGACCUCAUUGCCAUCAAGCAGCUCAACAUCAUGGCGCUGGUGGACGAGGAGUCCAAGUUCCCGAAGGGCACAGACCAAACCAUGCUCCAGAAACUGCACAAGCAGCACUCGCACCACAAGCAGUACCUCAAGCCCAAGUCCGAUCUCAACGCCUCCUUCGGCAUCAAUCACUUCGCCGGCGUCGUCUUCUACGAUACGAGAGGCUUCCUGGACAAAAACCGAGACACAUUCAGCGCUGACCUUCUGCAGCUGAUUCAUCACACAAGCAACAAGUUCUUGCAACAUCUCUUCGUGGAGGACAUAGGCAUGGGCUCCGAGACCCGCAAGCGAGCGCCCACACUGUCCGCCCAGUUCAAAAAGUCGUUGGAUUCGCUGAUGAAGACGCUCCUCUCCUGCCAGCCCUUCUUCAUCAGGUGCAUCAAGCCCAACGAAUUCAAGAAGCCCAUGCUCUUCGACCGCGAGCUGUGCUGCCGCCAGCUGCGUUACUCGGGCAUGAUGGAGACCAUCCGGAUACGAAGGGCCGGCUACCCGAUCCGGCACACGUUCAGGGAGUUCGUGGAGAGAUACCGGUUCCUCAUUACCGGAUGCCCGCCCGCGCACAAGGUCGACUGCCGCGCCGCCACCUCCAAGAUCUGCCAGCAGGUGUUGGGAAGGGCGGACUACCAGCUGGGACACACGAAGGUCUUCCUUAAGGACGCCCACGACCUGUUCCUCGAGCAGGAGAGGGAUCGAGUCCUCACCAAGAAGAUUACUAUCCUACAGCGCUGCGUGAGGGGGUGGUACUACAGGAGGAGAUUCCAGAAGAUGCGCGAGAGUGCCAUCAUCAUCCAGAAGCACUACCGCACGUUCGCGCAGAAACGCCGCUACCAGCACAUGCGCGUCGGCUACAUGCGGCUACAGGCCCUCAUCCGCUCCCGGGUCGUGUCGCACCGCUUCAGGCACCUCAGAGGGCACAUCGUGUCGUUGCAGGCCCGAUGCCGCGGCUACCUGGUGCGCCGCGAGUUCCACCGCAAGCUGUGGGCCGUCACGAAAAUCCAGGCGCAAGUCCGCGGACUCAUCGCGCGCAGGCAGUACCGCAAGCUCAAACUCCGCGUGGAAGCCGCCCGUCUCAAAGAGGAGGAGGAGAGAGCCCUGAGGAAGCAGAUGGACAAGAGGAAGGCCAAGGAGAUCGCCGAGAAGAAGUACAAGGAGCGAAUGCUGGAGAUGGAGCUGGCCGAGGAGCAGAGAGACCGAGAGGAGCGCGAGAUGAUGGAUCGGAAGCGAGCGCAGCUGCGGGAGGCCGAGAGGCAGCGGGACGAGCCCGUGGAUGACUCGAAGCUGGUGGAGCAGAUGUUCGACUUCCUGCCCGACUCGGCCUCGGAGGCGCAGGCCCCCCCGGCGGCAUUCAAGGACCUCCCGGCGGCCGGCAAGGGCACGGUGUCCGGCGACGACAUCAUCACGGCCAUCCCGCGCCCCUCGGGAGACCAGGACGAGGACCUGUCGGAGUACAAGUUCCAGAAGUACGCCGCCACCUACUUCCAGGGCAACGUCAACCACCAGUACUCGCGCAAGCAGCUGAAGCAGCCGCUCCUGCAGCUGCAGACGCAGGGUGAUCAGCUGGCCGCCCUCGCCCUCUGGAUCACCAUCCUGCGGUUCAUGGGCGACAUGGCGGAGCCCAAGUACCACAUGAUGGACCGCGACAACACGUCCGUCAUGUCCAAGGUGUCGGCGACGCUCGGCAGGAACUUCAUCAAGAGCAAGGAGUUCCAGGAGGCGCAGCUGAUGGGCAUGGAUCCAAAGAACCGCAGCAUCCGCCACAAGCUGGUCUCGCUCACCCUCAAGAGGAAGAACAAGCUCGGGGACGACGUGAGGCGGAGGCUGCAGGAGGACGAGUACACGGCCGAGAGCUACUCCUCGUGGCUGGACUCGAGGCCGACCUCCAACCUCGAGAAACUGCACUUCAUCAUCGGCCACGGCAUCCUCAGGGCCGAGCUCAGAGACGAGAUCUACUGCCAGAUCUGCAAACAGCUGAGCAACAAUCCUUCUAAAUCCUCCCACGCCCGCGGAUGGAUCCUGCUGUCCCUGUGCGUGGGAUGCUUCGCGCCCUCCGAGGACUUUGUCAAGUACCUGCUGUCGUUCAUCCGCGAGGGCCCCCCCGGCUACGCCCCCUACUGCGAGGAGAGACUCAAGAGGACCUUCGCCAACGGCACCAGGAACCAGCCGCCCAGCUGGCUCGAGCUGCAGGCGACCAAGUCCAAGAAGCCCCUGAUGCUGCCCAUCACCUUCAUGGACGGCAACACCAAGACGCUGUACGCCGACUCGGCCACCACGGCGCGCGAACUCUGCAACCAGCUGUCGGACAAGAUCUCGCUCAGGGACCAGUUCGGAUUCUCGCUCUACAUCGCGCUUUUCGAUAAGGUGUCGUCCCUGGGCAGCGGCGGCGACCACGUGAUGGACGCCAUCAGCCAGUGCGAGCAGUACGCGAAGGAGCAGGGUGCGCAGGAGAGGAACGCCCCCUGGAGGCUCUUCUUCAGGAAGGAGAUCUUCGCCCCGUGGCACGACCCCACCGAGGACCCCGUCGCCACCAACCUCAUCUACCAGCAGGUGGUCCGCGGCGUGAAGUUCGGCGAGUACCGCUGUGACAAGGACGAGGACCUGGCCAUGAUCGCGGCGCAGCAGUACUACAUCGAGAGCGGCAACGACCUCAACACCGACCGCCUCUUCAACAACCUGCCCAGCUACAUCCCGGACUACUGCGUCUCCUCGGGCGACAAGGCGAUCGACCGCUGGGCCGGCCUCGUCGUCGCCGCCUUCAGGAAGAGCUACUACGUCAAGGAGCGCGUCCAGCCCCUCAGGGUCAAGGAGGACGUCGUGAGCUACGCCAAGUUCAAGUGGCCGCUGCUCUUCUCCAGGUUCUACGAGGCCUUCAGAUACUCCGGCCCCAACCUGCCCAAGAACGAC